AAACUUUGUCCCCAAGAAAAGAAAGACAGAGUAAUUGACUUUUAAAACGAGGGUCUUAACAUUCAAACAAACUAGAUGAGAUGGAUCAACUUGCUUCCCAAGUAACAAGUGGGACAUCUAAAAUAGUUUUAAUUCUUUAUCUUUUGAUCAUAAUGCAGAAGAAGAGAAGUAGUCACACCUUGUCCUAUAUAAAUUGAUGAAGCCUUUUGGAAGAUAGAAAGUAAUCCAUCUUUUACAGGAUUUGAGGGGCUUUUGAGAAUCAGAAUCCCCCCUUUACCUCUCUCCUCUUCUUCUUCUUCUUUUUUUUAAGCAACAGACAAAAAGAAACCUUUGUAGCAAUGGUGUCACUGAGGCUGCAGAAGCGGCUGGCCUCCAGGGUACUCAAAUGUGGUAAAAGAAAAGUAUGGCUCGAUCCCAAGGAGACCCACGAUAUUUCCAUGGCCAAUUCAAGGAUGAACAUAAGAAAGCUGGUGAGGGAUGGUUACAUAAUAAAGAAACAGAAGAUAAUCCAUUCAAGGGCACGGUGCAGGGAAGCGAAGGAAGCAGAAACAAAAGGUGGGCACUCAGGACAUGGAAAGCGAAAGGGAACAAAGGAGGCAAGGCAGCCAUCGAAGACGUUGUGGAUGCAGCGGAUGAGAGUGCUGCGGCGCUUGCUUCGGAAGUAUCGAGAGGUGGAUAAGAUUGACAAGCACAUUUAUCAUGACAUGUACGUGAGGGUGAAGGGAAAUGUUUUCAUGAAUAAACGAGUGCUUGUGGAGAACAUUCACAAGGUCAAGGCCGAACAGUCCAUGAAAGCAAAGUGGAAAGAUUGUGUCAAGAAGAACACUAGAGAGAAAUCAUUCUUCAAUAGUAUUUGCUACUCAUAACACAAAUUCUUAUUUAAUAAUAAAAGAAUAAAUCUAUUUGUAAA